GAAACUCAAGGUGCUUAUGUCGUUUGUUUAAUGGGAAGCUUAUGGAUGACUGAAACUUUACCAUUAGCUGUUACAGCACUACUUCCAGUUAUUUUGUAUCCAAUUUUUGGCAUACUUGAUGCUCAUGAAGUCUCUGUUGUUUAUCUCUCGGACAGCAAUUUUAUAUUUGUGGGUAGUCUGAUUAUGGCAGUUGCUAUUGAAACUAGUAAGUUACACGAAAGAAUAGCUUUACGAAUACUUCUUGUCACAGGAUCAAAUCCAAGAUGGUUGAUGUUCGGUUUUCAACUGUCUUCGGCAAUUUUAUCGAUGUGGAUAAGUAAUACAGCUACGACAGCCAUGAUGGUACCAAUUGCAUUGGCGGUAAUUCGUGAAUUAAGGCUGUUCGAAGAAACUGAGCUUUUUUCACCCGGAGAGACAGUACAACGACUUGACGUUAUGGAAACCAUUGAGAACCCGCUUGAUGCGACAAAAAUUUCAAGCAAAGAACUAAACAUUUAUAAGGCUAUUCUAUUGUCAAUUUGCUACUCAGCAACAAUCGGUGGGACUGGAACGUUGAUCGGUACUGGACCAAAUAUUGUACUGACAGGAGAUCUUGAUAAGGAAAGCAGAAACGGACAAGACACAAACCGAGUUCGUGAAAUGCUGAUGAAAAAGUACCAAAGACUUGGACGCAUGAAGAAGAUAUAUUCUUUAAGGUUUGAUGAACGGCUCGUCCUCACUUUAUUUAUUACUCUCGUUCUGUUAUGGCUAUUUAGAGAACCAAAAAUAAUUCCAGGGUGGAGCGUAUUCUUCCCCAGCGGGUUUAUUUCUGAUGGAACAACAGCAAUGUUUGUUGCAUUUUUGCUUUUUGUGUUUCCUGCAGAAAAUCCGUUUAAACCAUCGGAAAGCGGUAAAGAAUAUCGUACGUUAAUGAAUUGGGAAACAAUGAAGCAGAAUUUUUCGUGGAGUACCGUUUUACUUCUCGGCGGCGGUUAUGCAAUGGCAGAAGGUGUUGAGGAAAGUGGCCUUGCCGAUGUUCUCGGUGACCAAAUGGGUGCACUGACAAGGUUACCUCAGUGGUUGUUUAUUGCAACUAGUUGCGUACUGAUCACAUUUAUCACCGAAUUCAGCAGUAAUGUUGCAACAGCAUCAAUUUUCUUACCAUUGGUAAAUUCAAUCGCUAAAAAAAAACGAGUAAAUCCCUUACUGUUUAUCCUUCCAUCAACGAUGUCGUGUUCAUAUUCUUUCAUGCUACCUGCUGGUACACCACCAAAUGCGAUUGUUUUUAGUUCGAAAAUGAUUCGAGUAAUAGAUAUGGCUAAAGCCGGGAUUGUACUGAACAUUUUUGCUGUAAUAACAACAAUAAUCUCUAUCCAUACUUACGGAAAAUGGUUGUUUGACUUAGGAAACUUUCCUGUUUGGGCUGAAUAUAAUCGAACAAUUUUGCAUUCUCGAAAUUAA